AUGUUAACAACCGUUAAUUCAGAUAAAGAACUAUUUCGACCAUUACCCCCAUACCUUUAUAAUGAUCCAACUGUUUAUCAAUUAGAACGUGAAAAUAUCUUUGGAAAAAAUUGGAUUUAUGCUGGUCGACUUGAUAGAUUAAAGAAACUUGGUGAUUAUUUAUCAAUUACAAUAGCUGGAUAUCCAAUAUUUAUUUAUCGAAGUCCUUUAACAAAUGAAUUAAUUGCUUUUCAUAAUGUUUGUUCUCAUCGAGCUGGUGCAAUUGUUCCAAUUAAUUUAAAUCAUUAUGGAAGUGCACUUUAUGGAAAUCAAUCUUUACUUAAAUGUCACUAUCAUGCAUGGUUAUAUGAUUCUCGUGAUGGAUCAUUAAAAGCAACACCUAAUUUUAAUCAUAAAUUUCAACCAGUAGAAAAGAAAUGUUUAAAUUUAAGGAAAAUUAACUUUGAAAUAUUUGCUGAACAAUUUAUUUUUGUUAAUUUAUCUGAUACAAAAGAAAAGCCAUCGAUAAAUACACUUUUGCAUGAUUUAUUAAAUGAUAUGGCGCAUUUUACUCAAAAUGAACAUCAUCAUUAUGAAACCCAAUAUUAUUUACUAAAGUGUAAUUGGAAAACGUUUGUUGAAAAUUAUCAAGAAGGAUAUCAUGUUCAUGCUGUACAUCCAGGACUUGAUAACGAGAUUAAAGCAAAAGAAUAUGUCGUGACAAAUAAAAAUAAUAUAUAUUCAAUUCAUUAUGCCCCUUUAAAUAAACAAGGAAAUGACCAAGAAAAAUUUCUCUGGGUUUAUAUUUAUCCAAAUUUAACACUCAGUUUAUAUGACACAUAUUUUGGUAUUGACCAUAUUCUCCCAAUUGGUAAAGAUCAAACAUUGUUAGCUUAUGAUUAUUUUGUACGUUCAAGUACGGAUGAAUCACAAAUGAAAGAUCGAAUAGCAACAGCAAAACGAGCAAUGAUUAGAACAAUAGAUCUUAUGAAAGAAGAUAAAUUGAUUUGUGAAUACGUACAAAAGAACCUUGAUGCUGGGAUUUAUAAACCAGGAUACUUAUCGCCAUCGAAGGAAAAUGGUGUUCAUUUUUUUCAAAAUAGAAUUCGAGAUGAGUUAAAAAAUACAAAACUACAAUUAGAAUAA